UUCCGGAGAUGGAACAGAGCGCCGGCGCCCACUUCAGCAGCUGGACCUGCGGAGUCUGCGCGUUGCGUUCCGGGGGGGGAUGGGGGUGGAGGAUGGCAAACAAGGCGAGUUCCUAGAAAGACUCGGGCGCGAAGUGGCCUUCAGCUUUAGUCUCCGGUGCUCGGAAGUGAAACGACGUGGAUGGAGAUGGAGAUGGAGGUGAGCCAGGCGGCGUCUGGUACCGACGGUGUCCGGGAGCGGAGGGGCUCGAUCAAAGCUGGAAGGAGGAACCCAGAUGAGCCUCCUCAGUCCGGGACGAACGGGCUUCCGAAACACUCCUACUGGCUGGAUCUCUGGCUCUUCAUCCUUUUCGACCUGGUGUUGUUCGUCUUCGUGUACCUCUUGCCCUGGUGAACUGGUUUGCUGGCAAUCAAGAACGGGGCUUCUGGAGCGCAUCUUGAAAACUACUAGACUUCUGGGAUGAAGGGGACUUCCAGCAACUAAAUUCCAGACCUUUCCUUAGCCCUUGACCUCCCAAUAGUACCACCAUAUGUUUAAAGCCUGUUUUUUUAAUGGUUGAAUUAAUAUGAUUGUAGCUAAAUGAUAUAUAUAUAUAUAUAUUUAAUAAUGCCUGUAACUUAAGUACUUAAGGGAAAUGUGGUAUUUACUCAGCCAACAAGUAUUGGGCCCUCACUAUUACCCAGACAUGAGUUUGGACACAGCAGGGAACGUCAGAAAAAAAAAAAGUUAUCUUUCUGAAGCUUAUUUUCUCAAAUAUUGUUUUAAAACUAUGCUAUUAUAAAAUGGUUAUCUAGGGUUGAAUAGGUAGCAUUUACUCAGAAAGGCCACCGUCCCAAAGCAGCUACUAGAAAUAUUUUGGAAGCUGUUUCUUUUCAUCUUAAGACUUAUUAGAAUUUUUUUACUGUUGGCUUUAGUGCUAUUCAGUAUAUGAGAACUGCCUAAAAUACUCAGCGAGGAUGUUCUUCUCCCAUAUAAUUCACAGCAUUUGGUAAACUAUUAACAGUUGUCUUAAGAUACUGCUGCAUUUGCUUGGAAUAAUUUUUGUGCAAGGUGUAACUGAAGUGUAUUUUAGCACACAGGGCUGGGGUGGCACUGAGUUUACCACACUCUGGGACCCGAUUCGUACUGUUUACUAAUUUUCUCUAAUAAAUGUUUAAUCACUGAA